CUCGCUAACCCCAGAUUUCUCUUGAAGGGCUUGGCAGAGGAUUUCCUGCUUGAAGGAAUGACUUGAAAUGACAGUAGAAAACUUUUAUUGACAUCGCCAGCCUCUCUCCCGCAUUGCUACUUUCAGAGAGCAGAAUCCAAGGAGUGUACUGCAAUCAGGGUGAACCAACUCCGUUCCGCUUGCCACUCACUCUGUGAACCACGUCCAAGACCUGCUGCGUCACCCGACAAAAAUGGCAAUGGAUGUCACUCACAGAAGCCUUCCUGUCCUUCUCACUUUUGUCCUACUGAUCUCUUCUUCCUUUGGCACUUCAGGUGAAGCAUCGAUGAAUGCAUCCCAGCAUGUGAAGGGAGUCGUGGGAGGACAGGUCUCCUUUCCUGUAAAGGUCCCCCCGGGAAAACCAGUGGAGAAAAUCGAAUGGGACGUCAUUAGCCCUGUAAGCGGAGCACCCUAUCGCCUUUGUGAAUUCAGAGAUUGGAAGCUGAAGGAGUCAAAUUUCAGCAUGUGGCUAGCAACAAGGAUGAACCUACAAGGUCAUAGGUUCUUUGGGGAAACUGAUUUUGUGACUAAUGUAAUGUUGGGGCACAUAUUUGGACGUCGGCUGCUGAUGGCUAACAGGACCACUCUUAUAAUCAGGAAGAUGGAGAGGCAGGAUGCUGUAAUCUAUAAAGCUCGUGUCUGGUUUGAUGCAGAACAGUUUGAAGACCACUUUUUUAAUGUGACUCUUUACGAUCCAGCACCACCACCCAGGAUCUCCUAUUAUGAUUUGAUCAAGACUCCAAAGGGAUGUGAUGUGACCCUGCAGUGCCAGACAUAUGUAGCAGGAACGUACAAUAUCUCCUGGGAAAAGGUGAGAGCUUUAGAUAGUUUCUCAUUUUCUGACAACGGCAGGAAUCUCCAUGUCUCCUGGAGAAAAGACUCUUCCCAUUCCAUCAUCACCUGCCUGGUCCGCAGUCCGGCAGAUCAAAAGACAGCUUGGUUUGACUUGCGCAGAAUCUGCCAGGAUUAUGAACGUCUUGAAGUUGAAAGUCAUGAAGGUGAGCAAUCUUUCCUCCCACCCUAAAUUAUCCAGCGAUGCUGCUUGGGCCAGUGAACAAUUACGAUAUCCUUAAGGGUUGGAGAUUCAAGGACAAGUGCACAGGGAUGCAGAACAUUUUUUUAAAAAACCUGAAGGAAAACACGAAUGGAAAACAUCCGACUUCUGUUGAAAGUUGCACACACAAUUUCUCAGGCACACAGAAAGCUGCUUCUUACAGAGUCGGAACACUGGCCUAUUUGGCUUAGUAUUGUCUACACGGACUAGCAGCAAUGGUUUUCUGGGGUUUAAGACAGUGAGUCCCUUUCAGGCCUUCCAUAGAAUUGAGGCUGGAAACUGGGGGUGCUUCACCCUUUAAAAUACCGUCAAUCUCUCAGCAGCCUGCAGCUAAAGCGAGAAAGACUUUCUGCUCUUCCGUUCCCCUCUGCUCCAGGCAGUGGUAUUUGGGGACUGGAGCAAUGGGUGAUGGAGUGGACAUAGGGGAAUUUUGGUAGGAUCAUGGAGAGAGGAUGGGCCACAGGGUUGGGGUGGCAGGGAGGUGGGGUAGAAGGAGCUGUGAUGGGAGGG